ACCAUGAUUGGGGAAGGGGAGGAUUAUUUCUUGUCUUUGUUUGGUGAUUCAAGGAGAGUAUCAGCACACCCGUUCCGAAAGGAGAAAUCCUGGAGGCACUUUUCUGUGAUUCUUGAAGAAGUGGACCAGUCUCGAUCCAGCGCUCUUGGAGACAUUUGUAUAGCUGAAGUAAAUAUCAAGGGUUUGUUUGUGAAGCUUGUUAAUUCUUCCCUGGACAAAGAACUUGAGAUUGGAGAUCAUAUUCUCCAGCAAAACGUGAAUGGACAAAGAGUGGCUGUGUACAGAUUCCUUCCAAAUAUCAUAAUGCCAGCCAAUUCCACAGUAACAGUGUGGGCAGCAGCAUCUGAAGCAGAACACCAGCCACCAUCAAAUUUUCUCUGGAAGGAACUCAACAAAUUUGGAACAAGUCCGAAUUACACAACAAUCCUGUGUAAACCUAAUGGUGAAGCUGUUGCCUGGUACACUCCUAUUCACUGGAAGCAAAUGUGGGAGAAAUUAGAGACUGACAUUGAAUUUGACAGAUGCUCACUAGUAAAUCCAGCAUCUCAAAGGCAAAUGUUUCAUUGGCCAACAGCUACAAAGACAGCCUCUAAAGAACAGCAAGAUGAAUAUAAGAAAGACACUGAAAACUUCGAAAUGGAACCAGUCAAAUCUUUUCUGGAGAGAGAAAAGGAAAUCCCACCAACACUGUUCCCCACUCGCAGCCCUUGGUGCUGUAGUCCUGAUGUCCCUGCACAUCCCUACUGUACUUUAAUUGAACCUUUCAAUGCCAGCUUGGCUAAGAGAAGCUCUAACAGACAACCACAGCCUCAGUCAGCCAGGCCUGACCGCACCCAGCACACGCAGGAAGAUGGGGCAUGUGCAGCCUUGGAAUGUGAAGAGGAGUAA